AGUUGUAGUUGGUCCGCCCGGGCCCCGCCCCUGGGCCGUGCGGUGACGCCACUUCAGGGCCGGCCCCCGGAACUUUUGGGCAGGCGUCAGCGCCCGUGUCACCGCCACGUCGCGGACAUGGUGAUUUCAGAAAGUAUGGAUAUACUCUUCAGAAUAAGAGGAGGCCUUGAUUUGGCUUUUCAGCUAGCUACUCCUAAUGAAAUUUUUCUCAAGAAGGCACUGAAACAUGUGUUGAGUGACCUGUCAACUAAGCUGUCUUCAAACGCCCUUGUGUUCAGAAUUUGCCACAGUUCAGUGUAUAUAUGGCCUAGCAGUGACAUAAACACCAUUCCUGGAGAACUGACUGAUGCUUCUGCUUGUAAGAACAUACUGCGCUUUAUUCAAUUUGAGCCAGAAGAAGACAUAAAACGAAAAUUCAUGAGAAAGAAGGACAAAAAGUUAUCAGACAUGCAUCAAAUAGUAAAUAUAGAUCUUAUGCUGGAAAUGUCAACCUCCCUGGCAGCUGUAACGCCCAUCGUUGAAAGGGAAAGCGGAGGACACCAUUAUGUUAAUAUGACUUUACCUGUCGAUGCAGUUAUAUCUGUUGCUCCAGAAGAAACAUGGGGAAAAGUUCGUAAACUCCUAGUUGAUGCAAUUCAUAAUCAACUAACUGACAUGGAAAAAUGUAUUUUGAAAUAUAUGAAAGGAACGUCUAUUGUGGUCCCUGAACCACUGCACUUUUUAUUACCAGGGAAAAAAAAUCUUGUAACAAUUUCAUAUCCUUCAGGAAUACCAGAUGGCCAGCUGCAGGCCUAUAGGAAGGAGUUACAUGAUCUCUUCAAUCUGCCUCACGACAGACCCUAUUUCAAAAGGUCUAAUGCUUAUCACUUUCCAGAUGAGCCAUACAAAGAUGGUUAUAUUAGAAAUCCACAUACUUAUCUUAAUCCACCUAACAUGGAGACUGGUAUGAUUUAUGUGGUCCAGGGCAUAUAUGGCUAUCAUCAUUAUAUGCAGGAUCGGAUAGAUGACAAUGGCUGGGGCUGUGCUUAUCGAUCUCUGCAGACUAUCUGCUCUUGGUUCAAACAUCAGGGAUACACGGAGAGGUCCAUUCCAACACACAGAGAAAUUCAGCAGGCUCUAGUCGAUGCCGGUGACAAACCAGCAACAUUUGUCGGAUCGCGGCAAUGGAUUGGAUCUAUUGAGGUACAGCUGGUACUAAACCAAUUGAUUGGUAUAACUUCAAAAAUCCUGUUUGUCAGCCAAGGUUCAGAAAUUGCCUCUCAAGGACGGGAACUGGCUAAUCAUUUCCAAAGUGAAGGAACUCCAGUUAUGAUCGGGGGAGGAGUUUUGGCCCACACAAUACUAGGAGUUGCAUGGAAUGAGAUUACAGGGCAGAUAAAGUUUCUGAUUCUAGAUCCACAUUAUACUGGCGCUGAAGACCUGCAAGUUAUUUUGGAAAAGGGCUGGUGCGGAUGGAAGGGCCCAGAUUUUUGGAACAAGGAUGCAUACUAUAACUUAUGUCUUCCUCAGCGACCAAAUAUGAUUUAAAAUAUCUUGGAGUCAAAGACUGCAGUAAAGUGGUAUUAUAAAUUUGUGAAUAAAGAAUCAGUUGAAUUUUUCACAUUAAA